AUGUUUUAUGAACUGCCAGAAAAAGUAAAAAAUGGCUAUUUUUUAAAAGGCCUUCCUUUUAAUAAUACUGCGCAAUGCCUAUAUAAAUUUAAAAUUGAUUUUUUUACUAUACUUAAAAUUUUUAUGCAAGUAUUUGAAAUUCUUGUUAAAAUUUUUUUUCAAAUUAUUCGGUAA